AUGCCUGCACCAUGGCGUGACCGAGUGCAGCACCAUGCUCGUCGCUUUCACGAGAAGGAUGCCACAACGGUCCUGAAUCGCUACGAGCAGCAGAGGAGAAUCAUGAGCCGGCCGCAGCUCGAAAAGCAUGCCUUUCAUGUGGCAUCCUGGCUGGUGCUUCCAGAGGUGAGAAGAAGCCACGGCGAUUCCGUGGAGGCGCUGCUGUCCAGGUACUUGGAGUCCUUGGAUGGGCAGCCACUUUGCGAGCGCCUGAAAGCGGUUCUGUCACUUGUCUCGGCAAGUUCGGGAGUUGCAGGGCUCUCGGGGUUGCUGGGUAAAAGGCAGAAGAGAAAGGUGGAGAUGAUGCAAGCAGACGAGCCAGAAAAGCCGGAUUCCGCCAAGCCAGUUGAUGCGUGCCGUGAAAAGGCUGUGCGGCUGAUGCAGAAGGCCAGCCAAACGUGGCAGAACCACCCGUCCGAGUGCCGGGAAGCGUACGUGGAGUCUCUGGAGCAAGAGGUGCAAGAGGCCGACGGAGCUGAGAACUCGGCCAAGCUGCGCAUGGUCCUGCGCCGAGCCGUAGCUGCACUUUCCCCGCCUCGGCGUUUGGGUGAUGGAUGCGAGGGCAAGUUGCUGGCAUCCCACGCAUCCAACGACCAGUCGACGCUGGCCACCAACCUGCAAUCUCGGCUUCGCAAAAUCGUGCUCCGCUGCCUGGAUCGAGUGGACAUGGCAGAUUUGCGUCUUGCGCCGGUGCUGCAAUCCUUGCAGUCACUGCUCCAAACGUUUCAGGAGCUGGUCACCAGUGAAAGCACAAUCGCAUGCAGGAGGCAAUGGGCUCGGCUACAAGCCAAGUGCGCCAGCACCAUGCCACCUGAAGCUGGAAGCUCGGGAGUUGCAGGGCUCUCGGGGUUGCUUGGCAAAGGGCAGAAGAGAAAGGUGGAGAUGAUGCAGGCAGACGAGCUGGGAAAGCCGGAUUCCAGCAAGCCAGUUGAUGCCUGCGGUGAGAAGGCUUUGCGCCUGAUGCAGAAGGCCAGCCAAAUGUGGCAGAACCACCCUUCCGAGUGCCGGGAAGCGUACGUGGAGUCUCUGGAGCAAGAGGUGCAAAAGGCCGACGGAGCUGAGAACUCGGCCAAGCUGCGCAUGGUCCUGCGCCGAGCCGUAGCUGCGCUUUCCCCGCCACGGCGUUUGGGUGACGGAUGCGAGGGCAAGACGCCGUCUAUCGCAUGCAACGACCAGUCGCUGGCCACCAACUUGCAAACCCGGCUUCGCAAGAUCGUGCUCCACUGCCUGGAUCGAGUGGACCUGGCAGAUGUGCGUCUUGCACCGCUGCUGCAAUGCUUGCAGUCGCUGCUCCGAACAUUUCAGGAGCUGGUCACCGGUGAAAGCAGGAUCGCUUGCAAGAAGCAAUGGGCUCGGCUACAAGUCAAGUGUGCGAGCACCAUGCCACCCGAAGCAGCAGCAAGCUUGUCAGCAUGUGCAAAGGGAGCCGAAGAUGGUGCUGGCAUUGCAGAAGGCCUGGGAGGUGCGGAGGCCGCGGGCUUCGCCUCUCGUGAGGCGGGGCCAUGGGCCGGUCUAAGGGGUUCUGUUGCUGGCUACGUGUCCGAGAUCUGGCCGGCUGACGCCCAGAAGGCCGGGUCUGAGUUUAGUCUCCUGGGGUCCAAGUCGGAAGCUGGGAGGAGAUCUGGUGCUGAGUUUAUGGUCCAGCUGCUUGACAAUUGCGAUGCCAGGAAGCCCAGCUCUCACCCUGCUUGUGGCAUUUCUGUGCUCCGUGGCAUGGCUUCGGCUUUGUUUACCAUCGGCCUUGACAAUGAGUUGGCAGCGAUGCCUGCACCAUGGCGUGACCGAGUGCAGCACCAUGCUCGGCGCUUUCAGGAGAAGGACGCCACAACGGUCCUGAAUCGCUACGAGCAGCAGAGGAGAAUCAUGAGCCGGCCGCAGCUUGAAAAGCAUGCCUUUCAUGUGGCAUGCUGGCUGGUGCUUCCAGAGGUGAGAAGAAGCCAUGGCGAUUCCGUGGAGGCACUGCUGUCCAGGUACUUGGAGUCGUUGGAUGCGCAGCCAGUUUGCGAGCGCCUGAAAGCGGUUCUGUCACUUGUCUCGACAAGUUCGGGAGUUGCAGGGCUCUCGGGGUUGCUGGGCGAAGGGCAGAAGAGAAAGGCGGAGAUGAUGCAAGCAGACGGGCUGGAAAAGACGGAUUCCAGCAAGCCAGUGGAUGCCUGCGUUGACAAGGCUGUGCGGCUAAUGCAGAAGGCCAGCCAAACGUGGCAGAACCACCCGUCCGAGUGCAGGGAAGCGUACGUGGAGUCUCUGGAGCAAGAGAUGCACGAGGCCGACGGAGCUGAGAACUCGGCCAAGCUGCGCAUGGUCCUGCGCCGAGCCGUAGCUGCACUAUCCCCGCCACGGCGUUUGGGUGAUGGAUGCGAGGGCAAGUCUAUCGCAUCCAACGACCAGGCGACGCUGGCCACCAACCUGCAAUCUCGGCUUCGCAAAGUCGUGCUCCGCUGCCUGGAUCGAGUGGACAUGGCAGAUUUGCGCCUUGCGCCGGUGCAGCAAUGCUUGCAGUCACUGCUCCACACAUUUCAGCUGCUGGUCACGAGUCAGAUGAAGGCUCGCCUUGUUCGACUCCUCAAGUAUCCCCGGAGGUCUGAGCCCUGGAAGUCGGAUGAAGCCAGCUUGCGUUCUGGUGAAAGGUGCUUGGCGGAGUUCUGCGACAAGACCCGGGUACUGGCUCAGAAAGGCCCAAACUUGCCCUACGCGAGUGUGUUGCCGCCGGGGCAGGAAUCUGGCGUCGAGUCCAUAGUCCAGCUGCUCGACAAUUGCGAUGCCAGGAAGGCCUCAGAAACGCCGGAGAUUGAGCUCUUGACAUUGGAGUCAAAGCGGACCUCUUCCAAGGGCUGGAUGGCGGAGUGCGACGAGACCCGGGUGGCCACAUUUGAGAAGGAUGCCACAACGGUCCUGAAUCGCUACGAGCAGCAGAGGAGAAUCAUGAGUCGGCCGCAGCUUGAAAAGCAUGCCUUUCACGUGGCAUGCUGGCUGGUGCUUCCAGAGGCGGAGAUGAUUCAAGCAGACGAGCUGGAAAAGCCGGAUUCCAGCAAGCCAGUUGAUGCCUGCGUUGACAAGGCUGUGCGGCUGAUGCAGAAGGCCAGCCAAACGUGGCAGAACCACCCGUCCGAGUGCCGGGAAGCAUACGUGGAUUCUCUAGAGCAAGAGGUGCAAGAGGCCAACGGAGCUGAGAACUCGGCCAAGCUGCGCAUGGUCCUGCGCCGAGCCGUUGCUGCGCUUUCCCCGCCACGGCGUUUGGGUGAUGGAUGCGAGGGCAAGAUGCCGGCAUCUGUUUCAUCCAACGACCAGGCGACGCUGGCCACCAACCUGCAAUCCCGACUUCGCAAAAGCGUGCUCCGCUGCCUGGAUCGAGUGGACCUGGCAGAUGUGCGCCUUGCGCCGGUGCUGCAAUGCUUGCAGUCACUGCUCCAAACGUUUCAGGAUCAGCUUGAAGAUUCUGUGGCCGGCUACGUGUCCGAGAUCAGGCCGGCUGACACCUCCAUGGCGAGCUCGACCCGAAGCCACGCCCGUUUGGUCUCUGCAUAUCGGUGCCGUCCACAAUGGCCCAAGAGGGCGGACGACCCGCCGGAGAGCUCUUGA